AUGACUCUAGAGAUCCUGGGCACGUUUGGACAGAAUGUCGAUACGUCCAACGGCGAUGAUUGGGUUCGUCAUCGCAAACUCACAGCGCCCUGUUUCAACGAGCGAGCCUCCGCUAUCGUAUGGCGUGAAGCAUUGCGACAGUCAAGUAUCAUGAUAGAGCAGUGGCUUUCAUCACCAAAUGGCAGAUCGAACAACAUGACAAAGGAUACUAGUACACUGGCACUCAACGUCAUCUCUUCAGUCGCUUUCGAGAACAUGAAAGUCAACAAGCCAACGACGGGUCACACACUAUCCCUCCGUGAUGCUCUGGUAACGGUGAUGAGUACUUCAAUGUCUCCGGCUAUGGAGGGUAUUAUGCCCUUUUUGAACCUUCCGAUACUCCGGUUGUUACACCCAAGCAAUGUCAAGAACCUACUACUAGCUAUGCACGAGUUUCGACAAUACAUGGACGAAACCAUUACGAGAGAACAGAAGAGAUCAGGCGGCGGGCAAUCCAAAUCCCCUACUCUCAUCAGCGCAAUUAUUAAAGCGAACGACGAAGUCAAGACUGACAGUGGAGUGACGACAGCCACAAUUUCCGAUACUGAGCUCAGAGGCAACAUCUUCAUAUUUACCAUUGGUGGACUAGAAUCUACGUCUAUCACACUAUCGUAUGCGCUGGCUUUGUUGGCUGUGUAUCCCGAGAUUCAGGACUGGGUAAUGGAUGAAUUGGAUAAUGUGCUGAACGAGAAAGUUAAUGAUGGUAUGGAGUAUGCGAGAGUAUUUCCGCGGUUGAAGAGGGUCAUGGCUGUCAUGUACGAAACGUUACGCCUCUACGGCCCUUCACCACCUCUUCCUCGUUCACCUUUUCCCGCAAAAUCACAGUCCGCCAUCCCCAUAACAAAUACCAGGGUCCAGGGAGGUAGUCCGUCCAUAAUUCUACCCGCUAACACUCAACUUAUGCUCAACUUGUGGGCCUCUCAAACUUCGUCUGCAAACUUCCCUGAUCCGCUCAUGUGGAACCCGAAGCGCUGGAUCCAACUGCUUCCUCUUGAGACUACCAAGAUAGCCCUCUCCGAUGCGCUAUCUGCUGAGGAAUUAAAGCACCCGGCGAGUGGGAGUGGUUUUUUCGCUUGGGGUACUGGACCGAGAAUCUGUCCUGGAAUGAGAUUCAGUCAGGUGGAGUUUUGUGGUGUAAUGUGUAACGUUUUGAAGAGGGUCAGGGUGGAAACAAUGUGCGAGGAAUAUGAGAACGUGGAGAUGGCCAGGCAGAAGGUGGUGGGUAUUCUAAUGGACUCGUGUGCCGAUCCACUGCUGCUGCAUGUAAGACGACCGGAGAAGUUGGAGUUGAGGAUCAUCGAACGCUGA